CAUUAAAUAAUGACGCUUUAACAGGUAUUAAUGCAAAUCAGUUUCUUGGAGAAGUCUUGGUUGUAAGAAAUAAUGCUGGGGGUGAUAAUACAAUAACUGGUGCUAAUAUUAUUCCAGUGGGUACAUGGGAUGAAGAUUGGAGUAUAGCUGGAGGACAUCCCGCACCUAUAGGAACUCCAUCUCCAGCCAAUUAUGCGAAUGCUGAUGCAGGUAAUUCAAUUGUUGCAUCCGAAAUAACUCUUGGACAAUUUUUAUACUGCCUUGAAUAUCUUUAUCCUACGGUUGAAGCACAAAAAAAUUUGCUUUUCUUUGAUCAGAUUACGCAAGGAGAUAUGUCAAUACUCGAGUAUAAUGUCAAGAUAUCAAAACUCGAAAAACUUGCUGGAUUACCAGAAUCAAAAAUGAGAGAGCAGUAUAUUUGGGGAUUAAAUCCUAUGAAUCAAUACAAUGUUCGCAUGAUGGCUAAAUACCAUGAUACUAGAGAUAAUAUUACAAAAGCAUUA